CUCUUUGUUGACAGGUGACACGAGGACGGUUGGGAAGGAAAUUAAAAGAUGAAACUGAAGCGGUUCCUUCUCCGAUAUUAUCCCCCAGGUAUAAUCCUUGAAUAUGAGAAAGGAGGAUAUCUAAGGACCAAAUCCAUCGACCUUUUGGAUUUAACUCCAAAGACAAAUCCAGACGAGCUGGUGGCAGAGAUCAGACGAUCAGAGGCUCUGAUCACAGAGUCCCGGGCUGAUCAGGUCAAACAGCUGAUCAUUCGACUUCAGGAGAAACAGGGUCAGCAGGACCACCACAAAUUCUGUUUCUUCAAGGAACUUAAGGCACACAUACUGCCACUGACAAAUGUUGCCUUUGACAAAUCAGGAUCAAGGUUUAUAACUGGCAGCUAUGACAGGACGUGUAGAGUCUGGGACACGGCCUCACGCACAGAGCUGCACGCACUAGAGGGACACAGAAAUGUGGUGUACGCCAUCGCGUUCAACAACCCCUAUGGAGAUAAAAUUGCCACCGGCUCUUUUGAUAAGACCUGCAAACUAUGGUGUGCGGAGACGGGCAAAUGUUUUUACACCUUUCGUGGACACGCGGCAGAGAUAGUGUGCCUGGCAUUCAACCCCCAGAGUACACUGGUAGCUACAGGCAGUAUGGACGCCACUGCCAAGCUGUGGGAUGUGGAGACUGGAGAGGAGGUGGCCACUCUCACUGGCCACACUGCAGAGGUCCUGUCCGUGUGCUUUAACACGGUUGGAAAUCAACUCGUCACUGGCUCCUUUGACCACACGGUGGCCAUAUGGGACGUUGCCUCAGGAAGACGUGUUCACACAUUGAUCGGCCACAGUGGAGAAAUCAGCAAUGUCCAGUUUAACUGGGACUGUUCCCUCAUCGUCACGGGCUCCAUGGACAAAACCUGCAAGCUGUGGGAGGCCGCCACUGGCAAAUGUGUGGCCACGCUUGUUGGGCACAAAGAAGAGGUGCUGGAUGUGUGUUUUGAUUUAAGCGGUCAGCUCAUUGCCACUGCCUCCGCUGAUGGCACAGCACGAGUGUUUAGUGCAGUGACACGUGAAUGCCUCAUCGUCCUAGUUGGCCAUGAUGGAGAGAUCUCUAAGGUCUGUUUCAGCCCUCAGGGCAGCAGGGUCCUGACUGCCAGCUCAGACAAGACGGCUCGCCUGUGGGACGUUCAGUCUGGAGUCUGCCUACAAGUCCUGGCGGGGCACACUGACGAGAUCUUCUCCUGCGCCUUCAACUACGAGGGUGACACCAUCAUUACUGGCAGCAAGGAUAACACAUGCCGGAUCUGGUACUGACUCUUGACCUAGCCAAGGUUUCACACCGACAAAGAUGUACCCACCAUGAAUCUGUCUGUGUAUUUAAAAAAAAAGGAAAGGUUAUUUCAACAUUAGUCUUUCUGUAGUCUUACUGAGUUUGUUUGAUGCUUCACUGGAUCCGUAUUAACCAUAUAGUGUGUCACACAGGAUGCAACUCUGGUCAUGAAGCAUUGGCCUCAUUAGUUUGGAUGAACAUAUUUGGCUUUGAUAUGUACGCUGUUUAGAUGAUAAUCACACACAAUUUUUGGGAAUUUACACUCAUACAGAAUUUUUGUCAACACUGUACAACAUGUACAGUUACAGUAUGAAUGGUAUGAAAGCCAUUAAAGGUUAUUUUGGUCCUAA